AUGCAAAACGAUCAGUACAAUCGACGUAAUUUAUCAUUAUCACGAUGGAUCCGAAAUUGGCUUAAGAUUUCAACAGUGAUCUGUGCCUUGGAUGUUGUUUAUACCAUGCUUCGUCCAUAUACCUUACGGGGCAAUACACUGGGAAUUUUCUAUGAAUUAUGGAAUAUCUAUAGUGACGUUGAUCUGAGAUAUGCUACAACCAAUGAUAUUGUUACAAUGGCUACUGGACGCCUAAUGAUUAUCGAGAUAAUCUUGAAUAUUGUUGCACUUUGUCUGGUAAGCCUUACUUACUUAGAAGUUGAGCUGUUUUAG